GACACUCUGGCCCGGCUCUCGGUGGUGCGGGAGCGGGAGGGCGCAGCGGCCGCUCUGGUCGGCGGACGUGCUGCCGAGCAGUCCCGGAAGCGAAGCAGCUAUGGCGGAGAGUCCGACAGAAGAGGCGGCGACGGCGACCGCGGGCGCCGGGGCGGCGGGCCCCGGGGCGAGCGGGGUCGCCGGCGUUGUUGGUGUGAGCGGCGGCGGCGGCGGCGGCUUCGGGCCGCCUUUCCUGCCGGAUGUGUGGGCGGCGGCGGCGGCCGCGGGCGGGGCCGGGGGGCCGGGGAGCGGCCUGGCCCCGCUGCCCGGGCUCCCGCCCUCCGCCGCUGCUCACGGCGCCGCUCUGCUGAGCCACUGGGACCCCACACUCAGCUCCGACUGGGACGGCGAGCGGACCGCGCCGCAGUGUCUCCUCAGGAUCAAGCGGGAUAUCAUGUCCAUAUAUAAGGAGCCUCCUCCGGGAAUGUUCGUUGUUCCUGAUACUGUUGACAUGACUAAGAUUCAUGCAUUGAUCACAGGCCCAUUUGACACUCCUUAUGAAGGGGGUUUCUUCCUGUUCGUGUUUCGGUGUCCGCCCGACUAUCCCAUCCACCCACCUCGGGUCAAACUGAUGACAACGGGCAAUAACACAGUGAGGUUUAACCCCAACUUCUACCGCAAUGGGAAAGUCUGCUUGAGUAUUCUAGGUACAUGGACUGGCCCUGCCUGGAGCCCAGCCCAGAGCAUCUCUUCUGUGCUCAUCUCCAUCCAGUCCCUGAUGACUGAGAAUCCGUAUCACAAUGAGCCUGGAUUUGAGCAGGAGAGACAUCCAGGAGAUAGCAAAAAUUACAAUGAAUGUAUUCGACAUGAGACCAUCAGAGUGGCAGUCUGUGACAUGAUGGAAGGAAAGUGUCCCUGCCCUGAGCCUCUACGAGGGGUGAUGGAGAAGUCCUUCCUGGAGUAUUAUGACUUUUAUGAGGUGGCUUGUAAAGAUCGCCUCCAUCUUCAAGGCCAGACUAUGCAGGACCCUUUUGGAGAGAAGCGAGGCCACUUUGACUACCAGUCCCUCUUGAUGCGCCUGGGACUGAUUCGUCAGAAAGUGCUGGAGAGGCUUCAUAAUGAGAAUGCCGAAAUGGACUCUGACAGCAGCUCGUCUGGGACAGAGACAGACCUGCACGGGAGUCUGAGGGUUUAGACCCUGCUCCCCUCUCCCUUGCCCCCUCUCGAGAGUCCCAGCAGAGUCCCUUUCCCCCACCCCAGGAACGGAGAGGCACUGUGUAUCUCCCUCCAGACGUGACGUCAUCCUGCAAGAUGGCAAGAACCAAGCAAGCUUGGAUCCCGGGGUGGGGGAGUGGGGAGGCGGGUCCUGGUCUGACUGCCUGGGCUCUCAGGUGUCUGGGGCCAUGUUCAUCCCACCACAGGGGCCGAGCUCCCCUGUGCCGGAGCAUCUUGGGCAGUGGCCUCUGGCGAAAACAAAACAACCAACGCACCUCCACCAGGCCAGCUCCUUAGGGAUAGAUGGGAGACAGAUUGCCGUUCUGAAAGGGAGUAUGCCCAGUUUAGGGGGCUUGUCUGGAAGGGAGCUUGGGGUGGGGGGCUGUCUGUGACACUUAAGCAGUCUGGGUAGUUGUCUGUCUGUCUGUCUUCAGUCUUGAAGCGGAGCUUCCCAAUACCCUUUUCCUCCCUUCCUCUCUUCCCAGGUUCUUUCCCACAGGCCAGCAGGAUUUUUUUUUUUUCUCCUAAUUUAUAGUCACUGUUCUAGACAGACCAAAGAGAUGGAACAGUGGUGGAGUCUAGGCUGCUGAUAAGUGAGCUUUACCUAGCACCUGAGCACCUUUCUCCUCUGCGCACCUCCCCAUUUCCUCACCCAAUUCGAGAGUUAAGACAGAAGGUAAAUGUGGCUGGGACUGAACCAAGGUUUUGGUAAAGCCUGCACAGGUACCCGAAGAAGCUGAAAAUGCUGUUUAUUCCCGCAAUCACUGAUCUGAAAAAGUUCCUAGCACCAGCCGCUGCUGAGUGUCUGGGGUUGGAGCCACUACAUAGAAUAGUCUCUUACGGAUUUUCAUAAGUACUGGUCACAAUGAGGAUCUUUCUCCCAGGGCGGGGUGCAUUGGGGAGACUGAUGCUUGUCCUCUGUGUUUUGUUUGGCUGUGCUUGUGUAUUUUCUCCCCUCCCACCAUCUGCCUGCCCCACCAAGUGCUGGGACUGGUGAGGAGCAAGGGUAGCCAAUGGCAGAAGGGAUCGGGGCUGGGACUCAGCGACCCUUCCCCCAUCCCCCUCCCCCUCCCAGCUGCUCGUUGUCACUGGCUCUGAUGGGUGUUUGCCUGGCUCUGUUGCUUCUAUUUAGCUGCAGUGAUCCUUUAGCUGGUUGGCUCAGAAAAUGUGCGUUAGGUGCCCUGUGAUACCGUGCACCAAGGAAAUCCAUCCUUCCUCUUAUUGAUGUGCUCUCCCAAACUUUCCUGUUUGCUAUUGUUCUGUCUCCUGGUGGGAGAUGGUGGUCCACAGGACAUGGGGCCUCAGUCAGUAUCCAGCCACGUGGAAAGGGAGGGGAGGACAUGCGCCUGCCCUGUCGGCUGCUAUGGAGGCCUCUGCCUUGUGGAUCAGGGGACAUUCAGAGAAGGAAUUGUGAAGAAGGGGUUGGGUGCAGAGGAGAAUAUUUUACUUGGGAGGGCAGGAAGUGAAGAAACUGGACAGAAGUGGGGAAUGGAACCUGAAGGUUGGGUCACUUCACAUGCAGACUGAGACCGUUUCCAGUUUCCCUCUCCCCAGUUUGGACAAGGCUUGGACAAAUGCCCUGGGUCUGUGGGUCCAGUGUUGUCUGUCAUCCAUUUAAGUGUUCCCACUUUCAAGUGACAAUCCUCUCCUGGGCCCCGCCAUGGGCAGAACAUGUCUGGCAUUCUGGCCUGACUUUUAAGCCCUAAUCUUGAGUUGAGGAAAUAUAUGCACAGGAGUCAAAAAGAUGUCUUUAUAUCUGACUGUACAUAAAUGAAGUUUUUUUUUUC